AUGCAGUUCCCCCCGUCGCCCGCGCGCUCCAUGGCCGCGCCCGCGGCCGUGCCCGCCGUGUCCUGCCUGCGCCUCCUCCUCCUCCCCGGGUUCAGCGCCUCCCUCCUCGCGAGCCGCGGCCGCGCCCGCGGGGUGGCGGUGAGGUCGGGCGCGGCCCCGCCCGACCCGGCGGCCAUGCUGCGCCGGCCGGCCGCCGCCACGACGGCCGCGGAGGAGCGGGAGGCCGACGCGGACGCCUCGCUGGGCUCUCCGGUGGACGACGAGCCGCCCGAGGAGGGGAGGAGGAGGGGGCCCGAGAGGGAGUGGGUGGACUGGGAGGACCUCAUCCUCGAGGACACCGUGCCGCUCGUCGGCUUCGUGCGGAUGAUACUCCACUCCGGCAAGUACUCAAGUGGUGAGCGGUUGAGUCCUGAACAUGAAAAGGCCAUACUUGAACGAUUGCUUCCAUAUCAUCCACAAUAUAAGAAGAAAAUUGGAUGUGGUAUCGACUACAUCACGCUAGGGUUGCAUCCAGAAUUCGAGAACUCAAGGUGUUUGUUCAUAGUUAGGACGGACGGCGAGCAGGUCGAUUUUUCUUUCUGGAAGUGCAUCAAGGGUCUCAUAAGACAAAAGUACCCCUUGUACGCAGACAGUUUCAUUCUCAGACAUUUCCGCAGGAGGCAGGACUACUGA